GUGCCGUGGGCGGUGUGGCUCUGUGCACGGAUGGUGGUCACACCCAACCGGCCAACCCAACUCAUCGUCGUCUCUAGUCCCUCCGCGUGGCCAUCCCUCCUCUUCUCACUCCUCACUCUAGCUUCCCGGACUCCUCUGCAACUCUCUCCUAAGUACGAGACCCGAGUCUUUUCCUCAUAUCUGUCCCUCCCCUGCCAUUGCUACCUCCACGACUAUCACGCUAGGCUGCCCAAGUCUCCUCUCCUCGCAAGGGUCCUGUGACCUCCCUUGGUAAGUGUGCUACGACCUAGCGUAACCUCAUCUGUGUCCAUGGAGAAGCUGCGGCGGCCCGGGGUGGUGGUUGUGCCGCUGGUUCUGCUCUCCUUGCUCACUGACCAUGGCAGCUGCUACCAUGCCAAAGCCGAACAAGGAACUAUGAACCGGGAGGAAGAUAUGCGCUCCGGCUCCGCAGCUCGGAUUAUCCAUGGUGACCAUACCAGGAAAUUUCUACAAGAGCAGAACAAAUACUGGUCCGGGCAUUUCGGCAACAAAGCAGGAUGGCCAGGCUUCACCAACUAUCCUGAGGGGAAUUCCUUUCCUCCGCCGUCGACGUUGACGCCGAACCAGCAGACGCCGUAUCCACAGUGGCCACAGUGGCCAUGGACACCGAAGCUUACGCCGCCGAUGAGCUUUCCUCCAUUGCAUGCUCCUGCACCUUCACCAGUGGGCACAAAGCCUCUGCCGCUGCCUCGGCAUGCUAGAAAUCCUGCACACGGCAUUGCAUUGCCCCCACAGCCUGGGGCGGUACCAGCCAACGUCGGUAGUAGUCCGGUGGUGGCCGGUGUUGCGCCUGAAGCGAGGCACUCUGGUAUUUCCAGGCCUAUCUAUGCCAUUGCUGCGGCAGGGGCCUCCCUUGUUGCGGCCGUGUCGAUGGCGCUGUUCGUCCUGUGCUACCGGUUCAACAAGGUGGUCACCGUCAGGCCGUGGUCCACCGGCCUUAGCGGGCAGCUGCAGAAAGCAUUUGUCACAGGUGUGCCCUCGCUGAAGAGAUCGGAGCUUGAGCUCGCCUGCGAGGAUUUCAGCAACGUCAUCGGCUCCUUGUCGGAUUACAUGGUGUACAAGGGGACACUGUCAACCGGCGUCGAGAUCGCGGUGGUGUCGACGACGAAGAACUCUGCGAAAGAAUGGUCCAAGCACUGCGAAACACGGUUCAGGAAGAAGAUAACGAGCUUGUCCCGAGUUAACCACAAGAAUUUUGUGAACCUGCUGGGCUACUGCCAGGAAGAGCAACCGUUCACAAGGAUGAUGGUGUUCGAGUACGCUCCAAACGGCUCUCUCUUUGAGCAUCUCCACGUCAGAGAAGACGGUCACCUGGACUGGCCGACGCGCCUGCGGGUGGCGGUCGGAGUCGCCUACUGCCUGGAGCACAUGCACCAGCUGAGCCCCCCGGAGAUCCUGAGGACGCUGGACACAUCGACGAUCUGCCUGACCGACGACUUCGCGGCCAAGAUCUCCGACGUCUUCUUCUGCGACGAGCCCCGGGAGGAGCAGGCCGGGAUCGCGAGCCUGUACCCGACGCUGUCGGACAAGGAGAGCGUCGUGUACAGCUAUGGAAUGGUGCUGCUGGAGACCAUGACCGGCCGGUUCACGGCGUCGGAGGGAGGCCUCCUGGAGAGCUGGGCGGCGAGCUACCUGAGAGGGGAGAGGCAGCUCAGGGACGUGAUGGACCCCAGCCUGAGGAGGUCCUUCCAUGCCGCCACCGUGGACAGGCUGGACGGUGUCAUCAGGGGCUGCACCGACCGGGAGCCGAGGCGGCGGCUGACGAUGACGGAGGUCACGAGGCAGCUGAGGGAGAUCACUGCCAUGCCGCCAGACGCGGCCACCCCCAAGGUGUCGCCGCUGUGGUGGGCGGAGCUUGAGAUCAUCUCCACAGAGGUCAACUGAAGAUGGACAUGGUCAUGCUUACAAGGAUUUCGAUCCAAAUCCUUGUAAAUCCAGAACAAAAAGGAACUGAAGAGCUGUUUAGUAAAGAGUACAGUUUUUUUUUUAGUUUCAGUUUGUGUUCAUUGAAGCUUGUAUCCUUCUGUACAUAUGCACAAAAGGUACUGCAGUGUGUAGCCAGAGCAGAGGUCGGUUGAAGUCGAACUGCUACUUGUGAGGUACUAAAGAUGGUGACAUAAAAGGUCUUACAUAUAGGUUUCCA